CGAUUCUCUUAUCCUUCGACAAGGAAGAGAUCCAAGGCAGGAGAAGGAAAAACUUAUUACAAAAAAGAAAAAAAGAAAAAAAAAAGAAAAAGAAAACAAAGAGAGAAUCAUGGGAAUAAACUCCCCGAAUCGGUGGCUUUCAUUAGCGCUUCUCGUGAUCUGUCUCUCGUCCUCCGGUGUUGUCGCUGCCAAGAAGAAGAAGAACGCUGGCGUCACUUACGAUGGAACCUCUCUCAUCAUCAAUGGCAAAAGAGAGCUUCUUUACUCCGGCUCUGUUCACUACCCUCGCAGCACCCCUGAUAUGUGGCCGAACAUCAUCAAGAGGGCGAAACAAGGCGGUCUGAACACGAUUCAGACAUACGUCUUCUGGAACGUCCACGAGCCUGAACAGGGGAAGUUCAAUUUUUCCGGGAAUGCCGACUUGGUCAAGUUCAUCAAGUUGAUUGAGAAGAAUGGCAUGUACGUGACACUGAGGCUUGGCCCCUUCAUCCAGGCCGAGUGGACUCACGGAGGACUUCCCUAUUGGUUACGAGAAGUGCCUGGGAUCUUCUUCCGCACCGACAACAAAGAGUUCAAGGAACAUACGGAAAGGUACGUACGGACAAUAAUCGAAAAGAUGAAGGACGAGAAGCUGUUCGCUUCACAAGGAGGCCCCAUUAUAUUAGGACAGAUAGAAAACGAGUACAGCGCGGUUCAACGCGCGUAUAAAGAUGACGGCUUGAAGUACAUUAACUGGGCAUCCGAUCUUGUCCACUCCAUGAAUCUCGGGAUCCCGUGGGUUAUGUGCAAGCAGAACGAUGCUCCCGACCCUAUCAUUAACGCUUGCAACGGUAGGCAUUGUGGCGAUACAUUCCCUGGCCCGAACAGACCUAACAAGCCUUCCUUAUGGACCGAGAACUGGACUACUCAGUUCCGUGUUUUUGGAGAUCCUCCGACGCAAAGAUCAGUGGAAGACAUUGCGUUUUCCGUCGCUCGGUUCUUCUCCAAGAACGGAACUCACGUUAACUAUUACAUGUACCAUGGAGGAACAAACUUCGGAAGAACCUCUGCACAUUAUGUGACCACUCGUUACUACGAUGACGCGCCUCUUGAUGAAUUCGGUUUGGAGAAGGAACCGAAAUACGGACAUCUCAAGCACCUACACAACGCCCUCAACCUCUGCAAGAAACCACUUCUCUGGGGGCAACCUCGGAGCGAGAAGCCGGGGCCAGACACAGAGAUUAGGUACUAUGAGCAGCCUGGAACAAAAUCUUGCGCUGCAUUCUUGGCUAAUAACAACACAGAAGUUUCAGUAGCUGUAAAUUUCAAAGGCAGGAAUUACAUCAUACCGCCUCGAUCCAUCAGUAUCCUUCCGGACUGCAAGACCAUCGUUUAUAACACCGCGCAGAUUGUGUCUCAGCACACUUCAAGGAACUUCGUCAGAUCCAAAAAGACAAACAAGAAGUUCGAGUUUAGCGUGUUUAGCGAGUCUGUCCCCAAAGGCCUUGACGGUGAUUCCUACAUUCCGGUUGAACUCUACGGCUUGAAUAAAGACAAGACGGACUAUGCAUGGUACACCACAAGCUUCAAGGUCGAAAAGAAAGAUCUUACGGAAAAGAAACCUACUUUGAGGAUCGCCAGUCUCGGCCACGCAUUGCAUGUUUGGAUGAACGGGAAAUACAUCGGUAAGGCGCAUGGAAGCCACGAAGAGAAGAGCUUUGUCUUCCAGAAACCUGUUGAUUUGAAACAGGGCGUGAACCACCUCGCCAUGUUGGGGGUCCUAACCGGAUAUCCAGACAGUGGAUCUUACAUGGAGCACAGAUACACCGGCCCUCGAGGUGUUUCCCUCCUGGGUUUGAACUCUGGAACAGUUGAUCUCACGGAGCACAACAAAUGGGGAAACAAGGUCGGCAUGGAGGGCGAAAAACUCGGUAUCCACACCGAGGAAGGCUUGAAGAAGGUGAAAUGGCAGAAAUUUUACGGAAACGCGCCAGGGCUUACAUGGUACAAGACGUAUUUUGACGCGCCUGAGAGCCAAAACUCGGUAGCAAUUCGAAUGAAUGGAAUGGGGAAAGGGUUGAUAUGGGUGAACGGCAAUGGCGUUGGGAGAUACUGGAUGUCCUUCUUGUCCCCACUAGGCGAACCAACUCAGACCGAGUACCAUAUCCCGAGAUCUUUCUUGAAGCCCACGCAAAACCUCCUCGUGAUUUUCGAGGAAGAGCCCGGCGUCAAACCAGAGUCCAUCGACUUCGUGAUCGUUAACAGAGACACCGUCUGUUCUUACAUCGCGGAAGACUACGCACCGAGCGUCAGACACUGGGCGAGGAAGAAGGAUGAGAUUCAGGCCAUCACCAAAGGUGUUCAUCUCACUGCUUCCCUCAAAUGCUCGGGAGCAAAGAAGAUCGUGGCUGUGGAGUUUGCCAGCUUUGGUAACCCUACUGGAACCUGUGGAAACUUUACCCUUGGAACCUGUAACGCUCCUGUCUCCAAACAAGUCAUCGAGAAGGCUUGUUUGGGGAAGGCAGAGUGCGUGAUCCCAGUGAACAAGGGCACGUUCCAACAAGACAAGAAGGAUCCUUGCCCUAAGACGGUCAAGACACUCGCCGUUCAAGUCAAGUGUCGUUCCGACAAGAAGAAUUAAUCCACGAGAAUUCUGCUUUUUGAUUUUUUUCCCAUUAAAUUAUUAUUAUAUUGAGAAAUCUCUCAUGAUAUGUAUGAUAAAUUUUUGAACUAUA